UUUUCAGUCAAGCCAUCUCUAAUAAAAAAAUUCUAACCAAUGGAUGGUUGUUUCCUAAACCAUGUGUCCCCUUUCCUGAUUCAGAAUGGACCAUUAUGAGAAGGGAUAAGGUGGGUAGUGUCCAUUAACUGAACGUCAAGAGAGGCUGCUGGGUUUGACUCGGCUGGAAAUCCCCAGAAUACCCCUAGAGAAACGUGGUGGACAGAGAAGCAAUCCAAAGAGCAGAUUUCCUCAGAACAUAUAAAUAUACAGUUCACGGGGGAGGGAUCCGUCGGUUCAAACCCAGUAGAAAUCAGGAACAGAAGCAAGCAAGGAGAAUAUACAUCGGUCAUUUUUCCUACAGAGUUGGGUCGAUUUCUGGGUUGAAGAUGGAGAAAGAACAGAAGCUGGCGGUUGUGAUGAUGCUGAUGGGCCUGGUGUUGGUCUGCAGUAAUUUGGACAAGUCGUCGUCUUCUGGUUUUGCGGUGGUGGAGGCUGCCCCUGACUUCCAGUGCUACGAUGGUUGCAUUACUGGCUGCGUCCAACCCAACACGAGAUUGAUGAGGCGCUGCGAAGUCAAGUGCGACAUCAGAUGCAAUCAAGCAGAAGGGGCUGCGGCGAGCAAUGGUCAGCUUGGUUGAAGCGUUGCUCCAAGGCAUCGUGAAGAAGGAUCAUCUAGAUCGCUUACUAGUAUUUUGUAAUAAAUGUGGCAGGAAAAGGCAGGCAUUGUUUACUGUUUAGCCACUUCCAUUCGUUUGUUCUGCAAGUGCAAGAUCAAGAAAAAAACAAAGUACUAGAUCAAAAUUUGUCUAUCCAUAUUUCUAUCUAUCUGCAUGUUACCCUCAACAGUAAAUGAAUGAGGAAUUUAAUAAUGUUCAUAAGCAUCGGUGUUUUUCACGUACGCGUUCAGUUUGUUCCAUAAGAGAAUUUGUACGCAAAUGUAUAAGUACAGAUUGUACUGCAUCAUAUACGCACACAUGAAUUGGAACCCAUAAGCAAAAGAUAAAGACGGCAAAUAGCG